AUGGAGGAUAUUGAGGAGACGCUGAAGAAGAUGGAACUGGCAGGUAGCGCAGAAGGGCAUGGUGAGAGGAAGGGUGCUGGGGACAAGAGCACGGAAACGGGGCACGAGGCAGGUUUAGAGAAUGACGGGGUUGAGGGGAAGGAUGACGAGGAAGAGGACAAGACUGCGGUGGCUGGGCUUGGUGGUGUUCUCAAGGGCGAUGAAGAUGGAAAGAAGCUUGCUGGAGAUGAUGAGAAGGGCGAAGAGAAGGAGCACGGAGCUGUAGUCGAGGACGAUGAGGAUGAGCAUGAGCAUAAGACUGUUGUCAAGAAUGACGGGAAUGAGAAGAUUGUUAAAGAGGAGGAUGAGGCUGGUAUCAAGGACGGCGAAGACGCAACCGACAAGCAUGGCAUUGCUGAACCCCAGCCCCUGGCUGGCCCGUCUGCUAUAGAGGCUGCCACGGGUGAUGAGAAUGUCGAGGACCUAAGCGACGCUGAAUUUCCCACUGAAGCACUUCCCCAAGACCGGUGCGAAGCAGACAGCGACUUGGACUACGAGCACAAUCCCGUGAAGGAUACACAUAAGCCCAUGCCUUCCAAUGUGGAUCCGGCGCUGGGUAUCCGCUUCAUGAGUAAGACCAAGACAGCUUCCAAGCACGGUCUCCACAUCAUCAAGAAGCGUCCGAAGAGUGUCUACGAGAAUGUCACCUUCAUCGACUGCAAGUUCCAAGCCACUGGCACCACCACCUUCCUCGACUGCCAACUGCGCAACGUCACAUUCGAGGACUGCCGAUUCAAGAACGUCAACCGCUUCGACGACAUGAUUGCUACCAAUACAGAAUUCCACGGAGUCAAGUUCGAUGGCUACUGGAACGACAAGACAUAUGACGGCGACGUCGUCGUUCACCAGCCCGAGUUACAUCAGCGCCCUUUGGCUCCCAGGCAGCCUCCUCCACCGGUUUGGGACGACCGGGACCCACGUUUGGACGAAUUCUUCCACUAUAACUCGCUCCUUGAGCGUGUCAGGCAGCCGGCUGGCCUCAAAAUCGAGGGCGGUGAGCAUGAGUUCUACUACCUCGUCAACUUCCUGGCUUGCACUUUCGAUGCGAAGAAUCCGACUGUCUUCAAGAAUUGUGCUCUUCAACAGGUGACGUUCAAAAACUGCCACUUCUCUGGCAGUCGCUUCGUGAAUUACUACGCGUUCGGCCUGAAAGUCAACGAAUGUACAUUCCACGACUCUAAAUUCGUCAACGUGGAUGGGGAGGAGGUCAGAUACUACGGCCUUCCUCAGCGGUUGAAGGAUGAUUUCAUGGAGCUAUCGAAGCUGAAGGCGAAGCAUGAGGAAGAGCUCGCGAAGAAGAAGAAGACUGAGGAGGAGAGCAAGCAGGUGGAGAACACUAAGGAGGAGGGCAGCAAGGAGGAGGGCGCGGAGAGCAGCGAAAAGGCUGCCGCCGACAGUGGCGAACAGGAGCAACAGCAGGAGCCCGUUGGUGACGAGACGCGGAAAAUCGGCUGCUUAGCUCCUUGGCGCACAUCAGAGCGCUCUUUCCGCUUCAAACAGCGAACUUCGACGCGACCUCUCCAUCACAACACACCACACACAACGUGCUAUCGCUGUCUCGACGACCUAGUCGACGUUGGCAGCAUGGAGAACGACAUCAGGAAGCUGUUGGAUCGACUUCUGCUCAACCCGCGCACAGAGGGCGAUGAGCCUACUAACUCCACCUCACCUGUCGCCGCCACUGAAUACGACGCCGCCGCCGCCGCCGCCGAUAGCGAGGGAGACUCAGGAUCUGAUCUAGAUGGUGGUGCUGACCUGGGCAACCUCACAGAUGACGAUCGCGCGGGUGAUAGCGGCGUGCUCGUUCCUGCAUUACCAUCAAGGCCAUCCAACGUCGGCGAGCUUCCAGAUGUCUGCUUCAAGAAAUGCGACGAACUCAUCUUCCCCCCUGAGCAUGGCCUCACGAUCUCCACUGAAGGCCGGUACACUCGCUACUUCUGUCUCACCUUCAUCGACUGCCAAUUCGAGAGCAGCGGCAUGACCACUUUCGCUGGUUGCCAGCUCAACUUUGUCACCUUCGAAGGCUGCACCUUCAAAGGCGUCAAUCAAUUCAUCAACAUCAUCGGCGACGGUCUCUGCUACACCAAGUGCACGUUCGACAAUCACUGGGAGACAAACCUCAGACACGACUCUAACAUUCACCUGGUCAGUCUCACUUUCGAGGGCACCCGGCACAACGGCUACCUCGACCAGAGCGAAGCGGACUGGAGGAGCGACCUGGUUAAAGAGCAGGAGCGCGAGUUUGACAGCUGGUCGAAGCACCCUCGUGUACCUGGGGUAAUACACACCGAGGACGAGGAUGGCAUAUGGAAGUCGGGUGGGCGCGGUCUCAUGCUCAAAGAUAACCGUGAGCACGAGCUCUACCGCGAGGUCUACUUCAUCAACUGCACCUUUGACGCUAGCAAGCCCACCAUUUUCGACAAUUGUGUGCUUGAUGCUGUUACCUUCAAGAACGGCUCCUUCUCGGGCAGUCGCUUCGAGAACUUCUACGCCAAGGGCCUCAAAGCCACCAACUGCACCUUCAACGACUGCCAGUACGUCAACGUAGCGCGACCAGACCAUGAGGUGCUCAACGCUGCGAGAAAAGCGGACCCAGAAGCCGUGGAGUCUGACGGAUGUCGAAGAGACGCAUAA